AUGAAACAAGACGCAGGACUUGGCUUUAGACUAUGGGUUGAGAGUGUUGUUUCAAGAGUCUUGCCCGGGGCAGACGUGAGCGAGGUGCUCUUACCUGAUACCGCAACAAAGAUCUAUGUAUUCUGCGUGGACGGAAGGGUUUUAUUCAACCUGUCUGACCUUGUCGAUAUACUUAAAUGCUUUGGGGUUUGUGCAGACUCUUCCCAGAUAUGUGAGUACAUGAGGUCCACAGGCCGUGUGGAGAGGCUGGAGCAGCUCAAGGACCUCUUUGGGGAGGAAGGAUUGGAGGUUGUAUGCAGCAGCGUCUUCAGUGACAAGCUUCUUCAAGAGAUAGGGUCUUCUAUACGCAGUGCGAAGGGGCCCGAAUGUUUUAAGGAUGCAGGUCCAGAGCUCUCCCACCCCAGGUUUAGCAUUGGCGAAUACAAGUUUGGAUGCCAAAGGGAAGGUCGCGACGGAUUCCAUAAUGUAAACGAACUAUACCCUUUUAAUCAUCAAUGGACGGAUAGCAUCAUGGAUGGCAUACUGAAGAACAUAUACACCAGCGACGGGAAAAGGAUGGAGGACGGCUGCACAGGCAAGGAAAGGCCCGCCUUCAUUAAAGCAGGAAGUAGAGGUAGGCACAUGAAGCAUUCUGGAAGCCUGAAGGACCGUCCAUUUGUAUGCACAUAUAACGAUUGCAAGAGAGCUUUCAAGAGAUACGAGCAUCUGAAGCGCCACAACCUGAUGCACACUGGCGAAAGGCCCCACAAAUGCAGAUUCCCCGGGUGCUCCAAGGCAUUUUCUAGAUCAGAUAACCUAUCGCAGCACUACAAGGUCCACAGCACUACAAACGAAAUGCAUACCAGAAGCUAUGGAUCCUAUAGAUACUUGAAUAAAGAGUUUAACUAG